AUGAACGUGCUGCGCUUCUGCCAGCUGGACGACUCACUGCAGGGCGAGGCGUCCCUGCUGAGUCCCGACGCCAUGACUCGCCUCUAUGAGACGCGCGAGCUCGACUACCUCACUCAUGUGGUGCUGCGCAUGUACGAGAACGUGGAGGUGGAUCUGAACAACCCGCGGCGAUUCCGAGUGGAGAUCAUGUUCAGCCCGGGGUCAGCUGUGAGCCCUCUCGAGGUGGAGCCAGCAAAGAAGGACCACACGCUACCAGUGCUCCCGCCCUUCACGGUGCAGAACGACGCGCCCGACACGCUCACCAUGCGCCGUAUGGACCGCAUGCUGCAUCCCUUCGCCAUGCCGCCCGAGGACUUCCCGCCGCCCGUGCAGCCACAGGGCUUCUCCGGCCUCUUCCUCAAGGGCACUGUCUUCGAGCGCAUCCGCGGUAGGCCCACAUUCAUACUCUCCUUGGCGGGCUGUCUGUCGCUCGGAUCGGAGGGACCACUUCAUUCAUACACUCUCCAGCACUUGCCUCUCCGCAUUCCGAAUUUCCGAUUUUCCACGCCAUCGCAUGCACGCUGUGUCGGAGUCGCAUCUCGCGCUGCUCCCUCGUCCAAGCUCCCACUCGCUCACUUUCGCUCUCUCCCUUUCUCUCGCGUUCCGCCCCACCUCCGUCUCUUGAUGGCCCUCGCCGCUUACCGCGUCGCGUCGUCCUCCCUCGCCUGCCCGCGUGCCCUCGCCACCACCGCCCGCCUCCCCCGCGCGUGCCUCCCCCACUUUACUCUCCCCCAGUCGUACUUCCCCCACACCGCCCGCCCGCGCUCCACCGCCGCCGCUUGCCCCGCCACCAGCCGCAGUGAAAAGCCACGUGGCGUUGCGACCAUGGCGACGUCGCCGUCCAACGCGGAGAUGGCCGGCAGCUCAGAGGAAGCACCAUUGGCGAGUCGGCGCUGUGUGCCGUGUGAGGGCAAGGGGCUGCUUCCACUGCCUACUGACCGCAUCACCACUCUGCUGGACCAGGUGGCGGGGUGGGAGGUGGUGGAGGAGGGCGGCUACCAGCGUAUCCGCCGGCAGUGGCGCACCCGGAACUUCCUCGCAGGCCUCACUCUCUUUGACCGCGUCGCUCAGGUCGCGGAGGCAGAAGGUCAUCACCCAGACCUCCAUUUGGAAGGAUGGAACCAUGUGCGCAUUGACAUAUACACGCACGCCAUCGGUGGGCUGCAUGAGAACGACUUUGUGCUGGCAGCUAAGAUCAGCGGGCUGCACCUGGAGGAUCUGCUUCGCAAGCCAAAGACUAAGAUUGCUGGCAUUGGCAGGUUCGGAACCCCUAAAACCGUUUUCUUGCCUGCAUCAUACUCUCCUGCCAAGCCUGCUGCUUGCACCAGCGACGCUGAGUUUUGCUGCAGCAGUGUGCUUCUGAAGAGCGUGAGGCCGCUGCUGGAGACACUGGCGAAGCACAUGCAUGCGUCGUCCUCGCAAGGUCUCGCUGACGCCCUGCGUAAGCCUAUCAAAUCGUACGUAGCUGACGCACCUGAUGUGAAGCGGCCUGGAAUCGGCCGCUUCGGAGGCAAGCCUGCUGCUCCCGUUGCACCUGUGGUCGUCAACGCUGCUCCCGUCACACCGUCUGCUGUGGUUGCGCCUGUGGUGGUGCCUGAGGUAGCGCCUGUGGCUCCAGUGGCUUCAACCGCACCACAGGUGGCUGAAGCGUCUGUAACAACAGAAGCAAUGUCCCAGGAGGCGAAUGGACGUGCUGCUGAUCCGAGUGAAAAAACGAGGUGGUCGAAGCUGCGUCAGGAGGUUCAAGCGAUGGAUGUUGCAUUGACACCUGCUGCUUUCCUGAGGUGGGACAAGCGGAGCAAGGAGACAUCGUGGUCCAAUGAGAUUGAAGUGGCCAUUGAAGCCGCCCUGCGAGUUUGCUUCUUGCCCAAGCAUCCUAAUGCUGUGGCGAAUCUGACUCGCAAAACUGUGCCUCCUGUAUCUGCAGCAGCAGCGGCAGUAGCAGUGUCCGCAGCUCCAGCUGCUCCCUCGCUCGCAGCUAAAACAACAGCGAAAUCAUCUGCUGCAACAUCACCAGUAAGAGAAGCAGCAGCAGCAGCAGCAGCAGCAGCAGCACAGAAGCCAAAGCCUGCUGUUGCAGCAAGGUGCAAGGUGGGGGGUGAAAGCGCGAAGGGCAAGAAUGGGUGCAGCAGCAAGGUGGUGAGCAUGGGUGUGAAGGGUGGUAAGGUUAACAACACGCUUGCAAGCUCUGCCCUAUGUGCAGCAGCAUCUGCAGUUGCGGGAUCACGUGGUGCUACAUCAUCAGUGAGAGUAGCUAACAAUGCCAGAAGCAGACAAGCGGGUGGGGUGAAGAGGAGAGAGGAGGGUGGGUGUGGGGAGGGAGCAGCAGGGAGGGCAGCAGGUGGAAGGCAGGGUGGUGUGAAGGCAGAAGGUGGCAGAGCAGUGGCAAGUGGCGUGUGUGGCAGGGAGGGGGUGAAGCAGCAGGCGGGGAGGAGAGAGGGUUUGGUGCAUGAGAGGCAGCCAAGGCCUGUCUACAGCAGCAGCAGCAGGGCGCACAGAAGGAGCUCCUGA